GCAGCUUUUUUGCAACAGGAAAAGCUUGGUUUGUUUGUACAGUCUGUGCUCAGAUGGUACAGGUUGCAGGUCUCUGCAGAAUCAAACCUUCCACCAAACAUGGAGAGCUUGAAAACAGCACUGGGGCAUUUUGCUAAACAUAUCUCUAAAACAGCCGGUGUCCACGCCGUAGUCAUCGUGAUUUUUUCUUAUCAUGUCGUGCUUGACAAGGACUUAGCGUGCACCUGCAAAGAACAACUGGACGCCUGCUGGUUAUACAUGACUCUGCCAGCGUUUUUAAUAUUUGUCUUAAUGCUCUGGGUGGACAAAACCUUUCAGAGAGCCUGGAAAUACACAUGCGGAAAUUGCAAAAAUAACUUUUGUUGUGUUGUAGUGUAUCACAUUCUCAAAGCAGCUUUUGUUGGUCUGCUGUGGGCUGCAUCUGUGUUAAUCGAUGGAGACUGGUAUGUCUGCUGUUACAAUGAUUUUUCUGGACAACACACACUGUUGGCUUGCAAAGAGAAGACUAACAUCACAGCUGAGGAACGAGGAAUCAUCGCUGAGCUGAUAAACAAGUCAAGGGUUGUUGGCUUGCCUCUUCUCAUCUGUAUCACAUUUGCGGCUGCUUUUAUGUCAUCACUACCGCGGAACAAAUGCUGCACUGAUGACAAAUCUAAUUGUCGCAAGAUUGAUGAGAUCAUUUUGGAAGAAGGGGAAAAUCUGGUGACGAAGACAGUGAGAGAAGCUGUAAAACACAAACUGAUGGAGAAACUCGAUACCUGUGUGACUAAUGAAGAAUGGGCGAAAUGUUUUGACGUUGCUGAAGAACUAAUUACAGAAAAGUCCUACGGACCACCAGCCGAGUCCUCACCUUCCGGACCAGCAACCGAGUCCUCUCCUUGUGGACCACCAGCUGAGUCCUCUCCUUCUGGACCAGCAGCCGAGUCCUCUCCUUCCAGUCAACCAGCUGAAUUUUCAUCUUCUAAAUAAUCAGCUGAAUCUUCUUCUGUGACUGCGACCUCACUUUAGUCAUGCAGAGAUGUUGUCUGAUUUAAAGUGUAUUUAAUCACUUUAACAACAUUAUAUUUACAAGAUCCACUGUGAUGAAACUUAAACCUGUACAGGUUGUCUGAACCAACACUGUGACAUGGUAAAGUCAUAACGUAGCUUUGCUAUUGCUAACGUAUUUUUAGCCGCACAAUUGCUGUAGCUCUAGAGACGGCAGUUGGUUGGUCCACCACUUUGGCCCAGACUGAUGUACCUCAACAACUAUUGAAUGAAUUGCAAUGAAAUUUGGUUCAGUCAGCUAAAGUCAAAUGUGUCCCAAUGACUUUAGUGAUCAUUUCAUCUAGUGUCAAGAAAUAGCUCCAGCAUGUAUCUCAAACUGUGUUUUUUACAUUUCUGUGUACAAAUGAAACAAACUAAAAACAGCGUGUUAAUUAGCGACUUUUAGAGGUGUAUUUUUAGCCACACUCGCUGCACGGCUCUAUGGAUGUAUUGUUAUGACAUUUUGUACAGACAUUCAUGUUCCCCUCAGGAAUAACUUUGGUGAUCCUCUGACUU